UGUCACUAGUUCCUGGUUUUCUGCUGACGUCAUCAGCUGCCUACGGAUUGCAGUAUGGUGGCGCUGGCCGUGCUGUAGGGAUCAGCCAUGUCUGCCGACGAAAUGUCCCUGUCUGAUGGGGAGCCAUUCACUGGGGAGCGCUGGGCUCCCGUGGGGGCAGUGGCUGAGGAAACAAACGAAAAGGACUCCAAGCAAACGGAGGAAGGGCAAGCCAGCUGUUCGGUCCGUCUCCGCUCCGGCUCGGUGUCGGGGGAGCUGGUGGAGAAGCUGAGGAGGCUGGAGGAUGAGCAGGAGCUGCUGAAUUCGUCGCUGCUGGCGCUAACGUCGCACUUCGCUCAGGUGCAGUUCAGGCUGAAGCAGAUCGUUCGCGCUGAGGGAGGGGAGAAGGAGAAGCUGCUGGCGGAGCUGGAGGAUUUCGCCUUUAAAGGCAGCCCGCACGUACUGGGGACACGGAUGCUGGAGGAGCAGGUGCUGGACGACUCUAAAUUGAGUGAGUGGGAGAAGAGAGAACGAAUUGAGGCCCAAAGGCAAAAGCAACGAGAGCUAAUUGUGCAGUUAAAGACUCAGCUGGAUGAUUUGGAGACAUUUGCAUACCAGGAAGGCAACUAUGAUUCUCUUCCACAGUCCAUGGUCAUGGAGAAACAGAGGGUGAUAAUAGAUGAGUUAAUUAAGAAACUGGAUGUUAACUUCCAAGAGGACAUUAGCUGUCUGUCUCCAGAAGAGCUACGGCAGAGGGUGGACGCUGCUAUUGCCCAGAUAGUUAAUCCAGCUCGGGUGAAGGAACAGCUGGUGGAACAGCUUAAAACUCAGAUACGAGACUUGGAGAUGUUUAUACAAUUUAUUCAAGAUGAAGUUGGCAGCCCUGUGGAUUGUUCAGCGAGUGGAACAGAAGGAUAUUCUCCAAAUACCAAGACUAAUCAUCGGAAUAAAAUGACACCAGAGCAAGCGCAUAAGAUGAGGGAAACAAGACUGCACCUUUUGCGCCGUGCAUUGGCUGUCCUUCAGAUGUUUGCUGUCAGUCAGUUUGGGUGCGGCACAGGUGCUGUACCGACUAGUUUAUGGCAACAAGAUGAGAGCAACAGAGACUUCUCUCCACUGAUAAAGAAGCUUCAGGAAUCAGUGGAGAAAGUGAGGCAACUGGCACAAAGGAAUCAAACUCAUGAACAUGUCGUCAGCGUGAAGGAGCUUGCAGUGGGUGGGAAAGAUGAACUGACAAUAACAGUAAGGAAAGAGUUGGCAGUUGCUAUUAGAGAUUUGUUAUCCCAUGGCCUUUAUGCUACAUCUCAGGGAAUGAGCCUGGUGUUGGCACCAAUUGCCUGCCUAAUCCCAGUCUUCAGCACCUCACCACCCACAAUGCACCCUUGGGAACUCUUUGUGAAAUACUACAAAGAGCAGAAUGGGAAAGCCUUUGUGGAGUCACCAGCUAGAAAACUUUCUCAGUCCUUCUCUUUGCCGGUAUCUGGAAACCGCAAGGUUACACCCAAGCAAAGCCUCCUUUCCGCUAUUCACACAGUCCUAACAGAACACGACCCUUUCAAGCGGGGUGCUGACUCAGAGUUCAAGGCACUGAUGUGCAUGGCGCUAAACGAGCAACGAUUGGUCUCCUGGCUUAAUCUUCUGUGCAAAUCAGGAGUGUUGAUUCAAACACAUUACCAACCCUGGAGUUACAUGGCUAGCAGUGGCUUUGAAAGUGCACUGAACAUCCUCAGCCGUCUCAGUACCUUGAAGUUUAGUCUCCCGGUUGACCUUGCUGUUCGUCAGCUCAAGAACAUUAAAGAUGCGUUUUGAACCUGCCACAUUCUAAACGUAUCUUCUUUCAUUACUGUAAAAUUCUUGUACUUUUCUUAAAAGUGCUGCUGAUUCAGAACCUGGUUUAGUUUUGGGGUGAUCUUAUAGCACAACUAGCACACCUUCAUUUUUAACACUAAUUCAGAUUUAGUCUCCAAUAAAUCGUCUAAGGAUAUGAAAUAGAUAAAAGAUCAGAGUGUAGACACUAAGAAGGCAGCAAAUAGUUGGUUUUUGGAUUCAGCUAAAUUUACAAUCUUUCACAAAAUAAAUGAUCAGGAUUCAAACCAAAUAUGAAUUCUAAUUUUGAUAUAAAAUUGAAAGUAAAUUGUCAAAACAUUAGCUAUUAUAAGUAGAUAUGUACUGACCUUAUUAAAGGGUACCUGUGUGUGCCUAUGUUCAGCAUGAGCCAAAUAAAUAGGUCUUAAUAUA